AACGUCACAGCCGCGACGAAGCCGACAUGGCGGCUCGGGGCAGCAGCAGCAGCGGCGGCGUCGCCGUCACCGCCGCCGUCCUCCUCCUCCUCCUACACUUCGCGCUCUGCGCCGUGGCCGUCGCGCCUCAGGUCGGCAAGAAGGACGGCGUCUUCAACGCGAAAAACCUGAUGUUUCAUUUCUACAAGACUUUGUUUAACAACACUGAUGUCAUGCUCGUGGUGUCAGAGAAGACAUGCCAACCAAACGCCAUUUUCGAUGUGAAAUGGAUGCUGUUACAUUCCAAGUGUUACAAUAAGAUUGCAAACAUUCCAGAUAUGGAGGUGAAGCUGAUUUUGGAAGAGAAGAUCGCGGAUGAUAUAGAUUACACCACCAACCAAGUAUCGAUGACAUGUGCAAAUUUCAAUCUGGAGCUCAUGGGAGCUCAUCCAACGAUUGGGAAGUUUAGCAAAGCAGUUAAUAACACGGCUAAAGCCAGUAAUUCCACAAAAACUAAACGGGAGGAAAAGCAGGUUUCCAAAAUUGAGCAAAAGGCCAGUACAGUCGCAAACAAAAAAGGGAAGAAUGUGCUGACAAGGACACGGAGAGAUGGGCCAUACCUCUUCAUAAUGAGUAUCCAGCCUCAAAGCAACACAACUGUCGGGCCAGAAUGGAAAAUACCCGUACAAGUUCAAAUGAAGAGCGAGGAAGGCUUUAUAUCGGCUGCCGACUGGCCACUUAUGAUUUUCUAUGUCGCGAUGUGCGUGCUGUACUCUCUGUACGGUGCCCUAUGGCUGGCCUGGUCGGCCUGCUACUGGAAGGACCUCCUGCGCAUCCAGUUCUGGAUUGGAGCCGUCAUUCUUCUCGGCAUGCUUGAGAAGGCCGUUUUCUAUGCCGAGUACCACAGCAUCAACUACUACGGCACCUCUGUCCGAGGGGCUGUAGUGUUUGCGGAGCUACUCUCUGCCCUCAAGAGGACCCUGGCUCGCCUUCUGGUCAUCAUUGUCAGCCUUGGCUAUGGCAUAGUCAAACCUCGUCUGGGUACCACGAUGUACAAAGUGGUUGGCGUGGGGAUGCUGUACCUCAUAUUUUCUUCAGUGGAGGGCAUUUUACGUAUCUCUGGGGGUCAAGAAUUUGACCUGGACCUGCUGGCUGCAAUCCCUCUGGCUGUGCUCGACACUGCCCUCUGCUGGUGGAUAUUCAUCAGCCUGUACCAGACCAUGAAGAUGCUCAUGCUGAGGCGCAACGUGGUGAAGCUGUCCCUUUACAGGCACUUCACCAACACGCUCAUCUUCGCUAUAAUCGCUUCGCUUAUUUUCAUCAUCUGGACUACACGGAAGUUCAGAUUUGCAGAAUGCCAAUCGGACUGGCGGGAGUUGUGGGUGGAGGAAGCCUUCUGGCGGCUUCUCUUUUCCCUCAUCCUCCUGGUCAUUAUGGUGCUUUGGAGGCCAUCUGCCAACAACCAGCGGUAUGCGUUCACUCCACUGCUGGACAAUGAUGAGGAUGAGGACGAGGAAGAGGAGCCCAUGAUGAACGAGGCAUACGAUGGCAUGAAGAUGAGGGGAAAUAAGCCCGAGUUGAAUGGAUCCAGCCGCCCAAAUGUCAACAAGCAGGAGGAUGAUCUCAAGUGGGUAGAAGACAACAUCCCGGCCUCGAUGGCAGAUGUUGCCAUGCCUGCCUUGCUGGACUCGGAUGAGGAAAUAAUGACCACCAAGUUUGAGAUGUCUAAGAUGGAGUGACGACCGCGAGUUGCGCUGUACUUGAGGAACGAAACACGGCUGGCGUCGGCCUGGUGCCCGCCACCCUGGUCACAUUGCCUGGCUGUUUCCUGCAGCGGAGAUGUUCAUGGGCAGAGAUGUUGGGUGGUGCACACCCACUCCCAUAGGUGUGGCAGCACCUUUGCGUUCUUGUGUUUUGCAUGCGUUUUUUUCCAAGAGGUGGUUGUUUAUCGGUCUUUUUAUUUACAUCAUGUAUUGGUAUUUAACUUGUAAAAUAAUCUUCUUUUCAGCACUUGUUGCAAAUUGUCCUUUUCAUGGAACUCAAAAGCGGAGGAGACCUUGCUCGUGUAUUAUUUUUGAAGAGUUAGGCAGUUACUGACUUCUCAAGACUUGGUUAAACGUUUUGUAUUUGAGGUAUUUGGGGAUAUAAUUUCAAGAAGUAGUCUAAAUAUCCAUGGCCUGGCAAGUGGUCAGUCAGUGCUGUUUGUCAGACCCUUGAUUUUACCAUAAUUUCUCACAUUGGUAGCCAGAUGUGAUGACUUUCUUGCACUUGCCUAUUCAAAUCCGAAUAAUUCCAUUGUCUUCUCAAAUUAUACGAAUAAGACAUUCUCUUAUGCCUAACAGUGAAGGAAGUGGUACUUUCCUUCACAAGAUGUAAGAAUGGGUCUGUUCAGGUGAAGUUUUUAAGGACUGUAUGCCAAAGCGCUGUGGACAAAUGUGUUUAACCCGAAAUAUGAAAUUAAGAAUUUGGAUAUUAUAUUAUUUACAACAGGGCACCGAGGCAUUAUUCAGAGCACAUGGAAAACAUGUUGGUCCCAGUUACACAGUGACUUAAACAAUCAUCGUUGUAUCUUGACUUAAAGCUUUCGUGACUGCAGGAAUUCAUAUUCUUUGGGCCUUUUGGUAAAGUCACGUAGAUAGGUUCAAAGAAAAUAACAAAGUUAAAAGACCAAAAAUACCUAUCACUGUCUGUAAUACAUUAAAAAAAAGGUACCACAAGUGCACCAGUGACUUGGUGGGGGCAAUGGAGUGCUGAUUACUUUACAAUUGUAUUUUAUAGAUUCGUCGCAUGCCGAUGUUUUCACUUUAACUGCACCUCCGAUGUAUGUUCCUUUUCAAUGUACAAACUUGACAUUUGUUACUAAUAACGUACUUUUUGUUUCAGUUGGCUUCAUUAUACAGUUCUCUGAUGUGUUGGGAAUCGUAGCACGCAUCGUUUUCCACAUCCAACGUUUCAUUUCGCGUGCUGGGAACUUCCGCAGGAACUAAACAUUCCUGCGGAAGUUCCCCCCCCCCCCCCCCCCCCCCGCGCGUCCAUCGAAACGUCGGGCGUCGUGCUUGACUCAAAACACGCGUCGGAGAGCGAUAUGGCACAACCGCAAAAAACAUGCAUAUUUGUGGUCAAAAGCCAUCGGGGUUCAGAUUCCCCUGUCUUGGCUUCCGCGGUGGCGAGAUAUCAACUAACUCGCCUAGUAUACGUGAGGUAGUGGGUUCGAUCCCAGCGCCUGUAUAUUUUGAGUUUAUAUGUUCUCCCCGUGGUCGUGUGCAUUUUUCACCUGGGCCUCCUAUUUUUCCCUCCAAUUUAGAAACAUGCUUGUAAUAGUAUUUGGCUGCUAUGUGUUUCCACAUGGUAAGCCACUUCGUUGAGCUGUCAUUUGUGGUCAGUUUGCUUCUGAAAAAGAGCUACAUAGCUCCGUGGGCUUUGCCUGGUAAAAUAAAACGUUUAAAGAGCUGGGGAAAGGAGCACAUGGAGGGGGGGCAGUGUGCUCAAACCUUGCACCCGUUUGUAAAUGUUUCCAAAUGUGCUCGAGCCCAUUUGUUUUAAAGACAUCCAGUUAGGAUAAUUUCAGAAGCAAUUGUGUAAUAUUAUUUGCAUUUGCCCUGUGCUAGCUUGCUGGUGUCUGACGAUCAGGUUUGUGCCUAUGGACUUUAUAGGCAAUACCCGAGUCAGAAAAAUAUUUGUUUUGUUCUUACCACCAGUUUUUGUUUUGUUUAUUAAUCUUGUGGCUUACCCAGGAAUUGCUGCAAUCGUAGACUAGUGAAAAUUAUUGGGCAUAUAGGGGCAUAUGGGCUUAAGUUAAGAUAUCCAGUCCUUUAACAUCUGUGAUGUGUUAAGGCCUAGUAUGGUUUUCUGAACUUGUAUUGUCUGAUGAAUCCUAAGAAUUCAACAAUACAUUUAUCGCACCCAACAUUGCAAGUCCAUUGGUUGUAAAUUGUCUUUAUUGAAGGUUGGCUUAACUGAAGCCAUUAAACAUUCUUUUGUACUUCUCUCGAUUUAAAUGGCGCUGUUUUUGAACACCGGUCUAGUCACAGCAGCACCCAACCUAAAUGUGCCAGCAUGAACGAAUUUCAGUGUUGACUGUAGAUUGGAGUGGUAACACCCAAUUUCAGCAACAUUGGAAUGGGUGUUGCAUUCACCCCCCAAGUGCCGAGUCUGAGCAGAGUGAAACCAGACCAAGACAUUUACACUUGGUUACACGUCACAAAGUGUGCAAAACUUGCAAGUGUUGAUCCCAUACACCAUUUUUCAGUGUGUUUACAUAGAGAUGUGCACAUUUUAUAAAUCUAUGUGAAUAGUACAUUUGCAUGUUGGUCAGGUCAGUGAUUGCAUUGUUCACUUAUAAAGUGAACAUGUUUUACACAAUGGUGCACAUGUUUUUGGAGAGGCUGUGACGUGGGAGCUUAAAUUGCGUUGAGAAAGCAUAGCCUGACAAAUUUACAUCCAUCUCCGUGGGGAUGGGGAGAGGUUUGCAAACCUCUGGUUUAUUGGAUUGCAUGAACAGUUUUUAAAUUGGACAAAGGGUAUAGAUUUUUUUUCCAUCUGGGAAUAUUUGUGAACAUGAAACUGCCUGAUUUAAAAUAAGACAUCUGGAUUAAUGUGGCCAUUACCUUAUUCAGUGGACAUCUACAGGGCAAAGCUGCACAAAUUCAAGUUGGUAAAUUGAGUUGCUUGGUUAAGCACAGCCCGUGCCAUACUUACAAGGCAAACUGUAAAACCUGUUAUUCUUUAAGACUAAGGAUGUUUAUAAUACUUUGAUCAAUCAAAGAUAAAUAUUGGACGUGUGUAAAAAAAAAUGUUCAACGUUGGAAAAUGAAGCUUUCCCAUACAGUUGAAAUGGUCUGAACUUCCAUUUUAAAAGUAUUUCAUGGUUGUGUUGCUGUACAUUUGCUUAUUUUA